GGCUUGCCGGCUCGGGCGCCGCGCGUCCUCCUUUUUGCACACACGCGAAUACAAAGAGCCAUACGACCUUCGGAUCCUGGUGGGUUUUUUCCAGUCCCCUCUCUGCUCCUUAGGUUGGAGUGGUAGGGGUUCCAUGCUUGGGUGCAGGAAAAAUGCCUUCUACCCUCUGAAACUGUGUUCAUCAGGAAAGGCUUUGUAGGCACCACCCUUUCGGUAAAGGAUGAAUGUGACACCCAGUGUGCUGUGCUAGGGGAGCACAGGCUCUGCAGACAGAAGAAGGCCCCCCUCUCGGAAGGACGAGGAGAAGCAACCAUGAACUGUCUACUCCUUCACAGAACACACAGCCCGGUGCCCAGGCUCCUCUGAUCAUCCUCCACGAGAAGGAAGAGUGAAUCCAAAGAGGCCAGUGUCUCCUACAGACUCGUGAAGUCCAGCCGACUGGGGACCCCCUUGGAGCAGUCCCGCAGUGUGCGCGUGGGGUUCCUUAUUCCGUCAGCCAUGUCCUUCAGUGCCACCAUUCUCUUCUCCCCUCCCAGUGGCAGUGAGGCCAGAUGCUGCUGCUGUGCCUGUAAGAGUGAGACUAGUGGGGGCAACACAGGCGCUCAGAGUGGGAAUCCUCCUCCCAGCACCCCAAUCACAGUGACCGGACACGGCCUGGCGGUUCACAGUUCGGAGCAGCUCCUGCAUAUUAUCUACCAGCGGGUGGAUAAGGCAGUGGGUCUGGCUGAGGCUGCUCUGGGUCUUGCCAGGGCCAACAAUGAAUUGCUAAAACGUCUCCAGGAGGAAGUGGGUGAGUUGAGGCAAGGCCAAGUGUCCGCCCCUGAUGAAGACGGGGACAGCCAGGCACAUGGUUCCCCACUUGAGGAGCCUGGGUCUCUCAAGGAGAGUCCCGGGGGGGCCUGCAGGACCGUGUCUGCCGUGGAAGAGGAGGGUGACGGCGUGGGCAGUGAUGUGCAGGUGGUGAUCGAGCAGCAGCUGGGAGCAGCCUUGGCUGUAGGGCCUGGCCCUUUGGGCUUCCCAGCUGCUCAGAGAGAUGUGCGGCUCCCGGGAUGCACCCUGGCUGCCAGUGAGGGGGCCCCAGUGCUCAAUCCCCUGGUGGAUGAUUAUGUGGCCUCUGAGGGUGCAGUACAGCGGGUGCUGGUCUCUGCUUAUGCCAAGCAGCUCUCACCAGCCACACAACUGGCUAUCCAGCGGGCAACUUCAGAGACAGGGCCAGAAAAUGGAGUCAAGCUGCCACUGCCUCGCCCCGAGGACAUGCUCAGUGCUGCUGCUGCGCUGGAAGGUGCCUUGGAAGAGGCAGGCCCAGGGGGAGCUGGGGAGCUGACACACUCUCUAGGGUUUACUGCUUCCCCCUGCAGGACCAGAGGGAGUGGGCAGAAGAACUCCAGGCGCAAGCGGGAUCUGGUUCUCUCUAAAUUGGUCCACAAUGUGCAUAACCACAUCACCAAUGACAAGAGAUUCAAUGGGUCUGAAAGCAUCAAAUCCUCUUGGAAUAUUUCAGUAGUGAAGUUCCUUCUGGAAAAGCUCAAGCAGGAGCUGGUGACCAGUCCCCACAAUUACACUGAUAAGGAGCUGAAAGGAGCCUGUGUAGCCUACUUCCUUACUAAGAGGCGUGAGUACCGCAACUCCCUGAACCCCUUUAAAGGACUGAAGGAAAAAGAGGAGAAGAAACUUCGAAGUCGCAGAUACCGGCUUUUUGCCAACCGAUCCAGUAUCAUGAGGCAUUUUGGCCCUGAGGAACAACGCCUGUGGAAGGAUGUGACAGAAGAGCUGAUGUCAGAUGAAGAGGACAGUCUUAAUGAGCCAGGUGUCUGGGUAGCCAGGCCUCCCCGUUUCCGGGCCCAGCGCCUCACAGAGCUCUGCUACCAUCUGGAUGCCAACUCUAAGCAUGGCACUAAAGCCAACCGUAUAUAUGGGCCUCCCUCAGACCGAUUACCCUCUGCUGAGGCCCAGCUCCUUCCACCAGAACUUUAUAAUCCUAAUUUCCAAGAAGAGGAAGAUGAGGGAGGUGAUGAAAAUGGACCUGUCUCCCUAUCUUUUGACCAGUCCCAUAAAACCUGCUGUCCUGAUUUGAAUUCAUUUAUUGAAGUCAAGGUGGAAAAGGAUGAGUGAAAUCUAUAACCAAGAGUAUCUCUGGCUUCUGCCACUUCCCAUGUCCCAGAGCCAGGCCUAUUGGGCUUCCCAGAAGAAUGAGAUGUCCUCUGCAGUCUGAGAAAGCAAGUCUGCCUCUGUUCUUAACACAGUCCCCACUGGAAAUGAAAGCUGGAGGCUCCGGUGGGAUCAAAGGACUUCUCCGAACGGGGGAAAGUCCCCCCAUUGUGAAUGGCAAGCCAGAAAAUGCUUGUUCCUAAGCAUAAACAAUGCCUCAGAAGAGCCGAGGAUGAGAGGAGGAGGAGGAUGGGUCUAAGAAACACGAGGCCUUCUCAACAUA